AUGGCGACACACACAGCACAUAAGAUCUGUGAUCUCCUCCUACUGCUUUCGAUCCUCUCUGUGUCUGUCAACUCACAAGGUGACCAUAUAGUUAAUACUAUCAAUGGUAAAAUCCGAGGAAAACGGCUUUCCGUACUUGGUGGUGAAAUCAGAGCCUUCCUUGGAAUUCCAUAUGGGAAACCGCCACUUGGCAAACUGCGAUUUCGACCUCCGGAGCCUGCGGAAAGAUGGGAGGGAGUGUUUGAUGCCACAAACUAUGCAAACUCUUGCUACCAGAUUCCAGAUACAUUGUUCCCAGGUUUUAGAGGUGCCGAGAUGUGGAAUCCAAACACUAAACUGAGUGAGGACUGUCUAUAUCUAAAUGUCUGGACCCCCUUUAACAAAGCGAGCCAGAGUUCACUGGCUCCUGUCCUUGUGUGGAUAUAUGGAGGCGGGUUUAUUUCAGGAACAUCCUCUUUGGACAUUUAUGAUGGCCGAUACCUGAGUAAAGUUGAAGGUGUUGUUGUUGUAUCAAUGAAUUACAGACUUGGUGCUCUUGGUUUCUUGGCUUUGUCUGACAACAAUAUCCGGGGCAACGCAGGCCUCCUGGACCAACGCUUAGCCCUGCAAUGGGUAUCCAAUAACAUUGUCAACUUUGGGGGUGAUCCAUCACAGGUCACACUUUUUGGAGAGAGUGCUGGGUCUGCAUCUGUUGGCUUCCACCUCCUCUCGCCAGGUAGUCAUGACCUUUUUCAAAGGGCUGUCAUGCAGAGUGGUUCCCCAAAUGCACUAUGGGCCUCAGUCAGCAAAGAAGUUGCCCAGGAAAGGUCCAUGAGGCUAGCAAAAUUAAUUGGGUGCCCCACAUCUUCUCCAGCUCAUCUGGACAUUUGUUUACAGAGGACUGAUGCUUCGGUGAUAACCUCAAAGCAAUUUGAUACGCUCACACAGCCUACAGUACUGCCAAAUCCCUUUCCUCCUGUCGUGGAUGGGUACUUCUUACCUGAUGAAGUUGAAGUGUUGCUGCAAAGUCAUAAUCUCCCAAAGAAAGAUGUGCUGUUUGGAUUAAACCAAAAUGAAGGGACAUACUUUUUAGUUUAUGGGAUGCCAGGAUUUAACAUCACUGGUGAGAGUCUCAUCACCAGAAUGGAGUUCAUAGAAGGAGUACAGCUUGCAAUGGCAGACCUUGACGCUGUUGCAAGAAAAGGGGCAAUUUUCCACUACACCGAUUGGACGGAUGAGCAUAACAGGAUGAAAAACCGUGACUCCCUGGGCAAUCUGGUUGGAGACCGAUUUUUUGUUUGCCCUCUGUUAGAGUUUGCUCACAGGUACUCACAAAAAGGCGGCAAAAUGUUCUCAUAUUUUUUUGAUCACCAGUCUUCCAUAAAUUAUUGGCCAGCAUGGAUGGGUGUUCUACAUGGUUACGAGAUUGAGUUUGUGUUUGGAAUGCCACUGAAUGUCACCUGGGGAUACACAAAGACUGAAGUGAACAUGACCAGGAAAUUUAUGAAACACUGGGCCAACUUUGCAAGGACUGGAAAUCCUGGAAUUGAUGGCGCUGCAUGGCCGUUGUUCACACCAGAUCACCAAGAGUAUGUUACUCUGAAUUCUCACCUUCCGGAGAAUAGAAGUAUGAUGAAAACCAAAGAGUGUUACUUGUGGAAUAAAGUCAUGUCAGGAAUACAAAAGGUUUCAGAAGAUCUACAGGCUUGUCUGAAUGCAAAUGGAGUAAUGCUGCACUAUGACUGCACAAUCCUUAUUAUUUCAUUGUUUUUCAUGAUCAUAUUGUUAGAUAUUGGGGAUAGCAACAAUGUGUUUUCCAUAUAG